AUGGAGCGAGCACACUCUCUACUCACCAGCACGACACGAUCCAUCAGCAGCAGCCGGUCCAGCACCCGUUCAUCCCGCUCAAAUUCAUUAUUUCAGUCAACCCCAGGACAGGAGAAGGGGGAGUUCUUUCUCCCCGCGCCAGCCACUACGAUCCCACAACCGAAACUCCGGGUGCGCGCGAUACUAGGCCAUUGCCUGUAUCGCAGGGUUGUGAUAUGGACGGUGACAAUUUCUAUGCUGAUCGCGCUCGCGUACCUGAAUACGCCACUAUACACCCGAGAUGGAAAGAUUCUAGGAGAUGAUUACAGAAUAGGUGGAAUGGGCGGUGACCCAAAGAAGCAGGGAAGGCCGGCGCCACCAGAGGAAGAUCUCAUUAUCGACAGUGACAUGCCGCCAUGGCUCAAGUUCAAGCAUCUCAAUGGCUACUUCAACGGUCUGAAGUCCAUCGUUCCCAUUGCCAAUCACACACCUGAAUAUCCCAACAACUCUUUCCCGGCACCCGUCACCACCGUGCCUAUUUACCAUGAUACCCCUCCUACUCCCACUCCUUACGCAGCUCACCCAAACUACGCGUCUACUGAGUAUCAGAGAGAUUACCACCCUGUCAAGGAAUGCUUCGUCGACGAAGAAGACAAGAUUGCAGUCCCCGACAUUUGGGCAUUUGAUGGUGUCCCCCAAAACCAGCCUGAUCCGGCCAUCGGCUCCCACACCGUGCUCGGCCUACGCAAUGACGUUUGUUUCGAUAGAUUUGGCCGCUACGGCCCCUACGGACUUGGUUACGAUAUUCGCGAGGGAGGCACUUCUCAAGGUCAAGAUACGGAGCAAGAGGGAGCUGACGUCGUUUGGACCAAGACUGGCAAGAUCGAUUACAGCCGUGUUGACUGGGGUGUCGCGCAAGAUAGAUGUGUCGAACGCAACAGCGCCCGCUUCAACAAUGGCACCAAGCAGAGCACGUACGACUCGAUUUACAGUGAGCCCGAAACCAACGAGACCGGAGUCAAGCAGAUUGAUCGAAUUGCCGUCGUCGUCCGCACCUACGUCGGAUUCGAGUGGACACAGCUCGCCAUUGUCAACUUCCGCGCGAUGAUCUCCGAGCUCUCCCUCAAGUCGGGUGGCGAGUACAGCGUUCACUUCCUUCUCCAUGUGAAGGAUAACGAGGCUGCCAUCUGGUCGGACCCCUCGGUGGUGCAGAGCAUCCUCGAUGCAAACGUUCCUACCGAAUUCCACUCGCUCUGUACUCUAUGGUCGGAAGCCGAGAUGAAGCUUUAUUACCCGGGUCAUUUCGCCGACGCCAUUGAGAAUCCCUCGAAUGGAGAUAUUCACGGAGUCUACCGCAGCGCCCAGAUGCCCCUCCAGGUGUUCGCCCUUCAGCACCCGGAAUACGCCCACUUCUGGAACUGGGAGAUGGAUAUGCGCUACAUUGGCUCAUACUACGAAUUGCUCGACCGCCUGGGAUCCUGGGCUAAGCAACAGACUCGCACCCUUCUCUGGGAGCGGUCAUCCAAGUAUUACAUCCCCGCCGAGCACGGUUCAUGGAACGAAUUCGCCAGUGUUGUCGAGAGAGAGCUCAACGCUUCUGGCCGCCGCGCCAUUCUAGGCCCCCAAAUUUUCCCCGGUCGUAUGUCGCUCAAGAGUGAAGAGGCUGGCCAUUCCAUUCUGCCCGCUUCCUGCGCCCGCGGUGGCAAUCCUGACGAGUGUGGAGUUGGUGAGGAAGCCGACCUCAUCACAUUGAAUCCCCUCUUCGACGCCGACGAAUCCGGCUGGGUUUUUGCCAAGGAUGUCACUGGCUACGAGAUGGUCUUUGCUCCGCCACCGCGCCGAUGCUCCAUCGUCACAGCUUCACGACUAUCUCGCCGACUCUUGGCCGCCAUGCACGAGGAGAUGUGGCGUCUGCACCACAGCAUGUUCUCGGAAAUGUUCCCCGCCAGCAUGGCUCUCCACCACGGCUUCAAGGCGGCUUACGCACCUCACCCCGUAUUUCUGGAUAGAGCAUGGUACCCCUUCAACACUAUCGAGAAGGCCUUCAACGGCGGCCGCGAUGGUACUACGGGAGGUCACGGCAGUCCCUUUGACCUUAAGAACGAGCACAACCACAAGGGUACCAGCUGGUACUACAACUCGGAGUUUGCCGGUCUCCUCUGGCGCCGCUGGCUCGGAUAUCCUCAGAUGGAUGGCCGCGGCGGUAACGGCGGCCGCGCCGGCGAGGGCACAUUACGUGGAGGCCAAGACGAGGAGUCCCACAAGGACAGCUCUGGACGCUUGUGCAUGCGCAGCAUGUUGCUGCAUCCGAUCAAGUGGGAGAACCCGAUUGAGCGAAAUUAA